AUGACAGCAGAGGUAUAUCUUUAAUGUUCUUUAUUUGUAUAAUUUGCUUCAUCUGUAACGCAUGCUUUAUCGACGCAUUACGCGCUCCGUCUUCGGGUUACGUAAUUUGUUGAUCCUCGUCAUAAAACUAUUUACAACGAAACAUGAAAAAUGUAAUCGAAUCGCAAGGUUGUCUCUCGAGCGAGGUACAUGUAGAGCUGCUGACUACACCAAAAAGUUGUUCUGUUUGUAGGUGUGUGCGCACCUACAAACUGCCGCAGGUUAUGCGAGGGGACUCUGAUAAGUAUGUCCUCGUAUCGCGGCGCGGGCGGCGCGUGGGACGGCGGGCCGCCGGGUGCUGAGGCGGACUACUCGGGCGCGCCGGGCUACGCCGCGCCCACCGCCCCGACCCGUGCCAUGCCCACCACCGACCCCUGGACAGGGGUCAGCUACAGCCAGUAUGGUGCUCCGCCCUACGACUACCAGGCGUACGCGCCAGGCUACGGUUAUAACUACGACCCUAGCUACUACCAGCAAAUAGACGGAGCCUAUUAUGGAAAGUACCCAGGGGCUAGAGCUUAUUCAGCUCAAACACAACAAGCAGGCUAUGAAUACACUGCCAGAACUCGAGAACGUACUCGCUCUCCCGCUGCUGAAUCCAGUAGAUAUGAACGACGGCGAUCUUAUGGAACCAACUCGAGAAGUGUGUCUCCAUAUGACAGAAAAAAUACAUCCUACUCGAAAAAACGUGAUAGUAGCUACGAAGACGGUCAUAGUCGCAGAUCAAGAAGCAAGUCGUCAAAACAUAAAAAAUAUUCAUCCAGUGAUCGUUCUAGCUCCAGAUCACGAUCAUAUUCCCGUUCGCCGUCCAAGAGAGACAAGAAAAGGAAGUCAUUGUCAUCUGACUCAUCUGCUUCAGAGAGAUCUUAUAGGAAAAAAUCUAGUAAGAGUAGAGGUCGCGAUCAUUCAACACCACCAAGAAAUAGAAGUUCCUCAGGUUCUCGAGGUGGUUCUAAAUCCCAUAGAACACCAAGUGUUGAUAGGUCAAGUAAAUCUCCUAAAGUAAGUGAUAAGAAGGCCAAGGAAGCAAAAAUUCGUUCUAAAAAUGUGAAAAAGCCUAGGAAGGUGACUACUCCACCCCGUAAACGAAAAGAAGCAACACCUUCAAACAAAAAAGCUGACAAGUCUUCACAUACUCCUCCACCUAAAGUGCCUAAGAAAUAUAAGGAUAAAUCUGAAACCCAAUCUAAAAAAGCCAGAGAGAGUUCUUUGACACCUCCCAAAACAUAUAGUAGAAGGUCAUUAACUAGCUCAAAAUCACGCUCUAGAUCGCGAACGCCGUCUGUGCGACAUUCGAAGCGUAAACGGUCACGUUCUAGAAGCCAUCGCAAGUCUAGAUCGCGGUCGUUAAGUUGGUCGACCUCAUCGACCCCACCUCGACGCUCACGCUCCAAAUCUAAACGAAAGAUAAAGCGAAAGUCGCGCUCUCGAAGUCGAUCUCAAAGGCGAUCGUUGAGUAAAGACAAAUCGUCUUCACGACGACGAUCAAAAUCUAGAGGAAAAGGCAAACAUUUAGCUAGCCCAGCUGCAUCGAAAUCGCGAUCCAGAUCUCGUAGCUCUCGUUCACGCAGUCGCAGUGGAAGCCCUAGUGAUGACGAGCGUCGCGGGCAGUUCACAGUGGCUGACAGAAAACGUUUUUGGAAAAUGCACAGGAAUAGACAAGAGGAAAAAGAUAAAGUAAAGGAAUCUAAAACACCACCCAAAGAAGUCAAACCUCCCCCUGGCGCAGUUGAAUCCACAACUGUUGAUGACAUUGAGUAUGGAGAUCCACCGGAAGUGGAGGGGCCUAAUUUUGCAGACUUACUUCCUACACCGGAACAAUUUAUGCAAGCUUCCACAUCUAGAAGCAAGCCUGGUCCAAUACCUAUUAAAAAUGAUGGCAGUUUCUUAGAAAUGUUCAAAAGGAUGCAGGAGGAAACUAAAAAGGCUGAACCAAUUGAAAAGAAACCAGAAAUAAAGAAGCCAACAUUGCCUUUUAUUGGAAAGAGACGUGGUGGCAGAGUUCUUAAGACUGGUUUAGUUAAAAAAGCUAAAGCAAUAGAUGAACAAACAGCAGACAAUGCACCUAAGGAUGCUUGGUCUCUUUACAUGCAGGAAGUAAAGAAGUAUAGGGAGACUUCAUGCGAAGAGGAGCGGAAAACAAGACCUCUCGUGAAAUAAUUUACUUGUUAAGAGUUAUAGGGUUAAGAUUUUUAUUGUGACCUCUGCAAUGUAUUUACAUAAUUAACAUUUUUAUUUACUAUUAUAAACUAUGUUUAUUGUAUUAGUAUGACUAGAUGCCCAAUAAAAUCUCAUUAUGAAAGAGAUUUCUGAAUAAAGAAUUAUGAGAAUGACUA